GUUGUAGGGCGCUCUCAGCGCUCACCUGCAGGAAAUGGCACUUCGCUCCCGCGCAUGCGUCAGCGGCCAGCGCGGGCCCUAUGCCACUCCCGCCUACUGCGUCCGCGCCAUUUUAUACAUAUGACUUGUUCGGCGGGGGUACCCUGGCACCAAACCAGAGGUUUCGGUGUGCCGCCGCUGAGGAAGGUUAACGAGGGACUGCGGAAGAAUGCGCCUUGGCUUUCUUUCGCUCAUCAGAUAAAUAUCUUACAUAGAUUGGCUAGUGCAAUCGAAGCUCCGCGUGUUUACGUGCUUCGCACCGACGCAGUGGAUGGCUCUUCCCAACGGGAUAUCGCUGGAUGCUGCCGCAAUUGUGUCGACCGUGCUGGAGGGUAUACUCUAUGUCUUCUCUUUGCUCCUUUUCCUCUGGACAGUCCACACCGUGCUACGUCGAAACAACACAACACGCGUGAUUACAUCCAAGAUCAUCAUUGCCGCAGCCCUCCUAGUGCUCAGCACUGCCCACCUCGCUGUCAACGUCGUACGGACAAUAGAGGGUCUAGUACUCUAUCGCGAUAAAUAUCCAGGCGGGACCGCCGUGUUCUUUGAGGACGUAACAGAAUGGAGCUUUGGCGUUAAAAUGGCUCUCUACCUCCUUCAAACACUUCUCGGAGACGGCAUCGUGAUUAUAAGGUGCUAUAUCGCGUGGCACUCCUGGAAAAUCGUCUCUAUGCCCAUUUUCCUCUGGUUCGCUCUCGUCCUCACAGGCGCAAGCUGCAUCUUCUCGCUCGUGCACGACCCGGAAACGACGCGUACUGUCUUCGCGGCCGAGACGGCCGCAUGGAUCUCGCGCUUCCUCGCCUCAACACUCCUUGCUAACCUCUUCGCGACCGCCUUGCUUGUCUAUCGCCUCUGGACCAACGCAUCAGCAGCAGACCCUCUAAUGGGCUGGCGCCCAGCAACAGCCCCGCUCCUGCGCAUCAUCGCGGACGCGGGUCUUCUCUACUCCGCCACGCUUGUUGCGGUGCUGCUCUGCUACGUCACGAAGAACACUGGGUAUUACGUCCUGAUGGACAUGGCUGUACCUAUCAUAUCGAUCACGUUUUAUAUGGUCAUUAUACGGGUUUCGACACGUAAGGGGCCCGCAAGCAUCACGAAAAGCGAGCUGGCGACGUUUGUAAGGCCGAGAGACAGGUGCACUUCGAAGAGCGGAAGUUGCCCGAGCUCUCCAAUAUCGCCAAGCUCUGGCGAGCGUCAUAGUGACGUAGAAGAGGUGGUAUCAUUCGAGGAGCCUGUAUACCCUAUCAAGACUUUGCAGAGGGCUGCGAGCACAGAUGAGGCAUCAGCGUGA